CAGUUAAUUAGUCAAGAGCCACAUCAGCUACCUUUCUUGUGUACAUGGAUAUCUCAUCAAAUCUUUCUCCCGCAAGCAUAAUAUUUGUUAGGGACGACACAUAGCAUCUUCUUCCAAGCUAGAGAUUAUGACCGCCGCAAACCCUGGAAAUCAUGACAACAAUUGUGCUUUCCAAACAGCAAUUAAGGCACGUUUCAUAAACCUAAUCAUGUUAAUAUAUAUAUAUAUACACACACACAGAAUGCAGGCUAGGGACGAAGCUAAUUUGAAGAGUACCUGUCUUGAGCUUUUUGGAGUUUCAAAUUCUUGAAGCUAAGGCUUCGACUUGAUUUAGGGUUCAGGCUAUGGAUUUAAGGUACAUUGAGUCGACUCUGCCGGCCGGGUUCAGGUUCUGCCCCAGCGACGAGGAGCUUCUGUGCUACUACUUGCAGAAGAAGGUGACUAAUGAGAGGGCUUCUCAAGGAACCAUGGUGGAAGUGGAUUUGCACACUCACGAGCCAUGGGAGCUUCCAGAGGCGGCGAAGCUGAACAAGAACGAGUGGUAUUUCUUCAGCUUCCGCGAUCGGAAGUACGCUACAGGGUGGCGAUCCAACCGAGCGACCAAAAGCGGAUACUGGAAAGCGACGGGGAGAGAUCGAACGGUUUGCGAUCCCAAGCGCCGUGAGAGCGUCGGGAUGAGGAAGACAUUGGUGUUCUACGAAGGGAGGGCUCCCAACGGGAAGAAGACCAACUGGAUCAUGCAUGAAUUCAGACUGGAAGGGCUGCAUACGCAACCCAAGGAAGACUGGGUGCUCUGCAGAGUAUUUCACAAGAAGAAAGGGGAUCCAGUGAAGUACAAGUCGGAGAAUGAGCAGGAGAUGAUUAAUCCCGGCAACUCGAGCUGCUUCUCGUCAGUGUACAUGGACUUGGACUUGUCUCCUCCUCAUCAUCAUCAUGAUCAGCAAAUGCCUGAUUCAAGAGCGUGCCAUGGACAUGCGACAACCUCAGCAUUCCCCGCCCUUCUCCCGCAGCAGCAGGAGGAGGGCAUCAAGCCAAGCACCUUGCUCGACUUGGCAUGGCUGCAUUACGACUUCCUCGAGUCAAAAGGCAGUGGCGAAGACGGCGGCUUGCUGUUCGACAUGGGUCUGGAUGAAGAACAUGAACGUGAGCAGCUCGUGGAAGCUGCGGGAUUGAUGGAUGACAACUUUGGAGCCUCGAGCGGCGUAGUUGUUCAAGGUGGAAACUACUGCGACGCUCAGGCCUUCUGAAAGUAAAAUCCAACACUCCAAAUUCUUUCAUUUGGAUUCAAAACUUCAUCCCAGUUAUAUCAUUGUAGCUAGGUAUGCAAAAGAUUGUACUAUAUAUUUCAGAUCUAUAGUUCGAGCACCUAGUGUACAGCAGUUUUUUUUUUUCAAAUUCAAGGCAAUAAUU